AGAUCGGCCCCCCGCGAACGCCUUCAAAGAAAACCUCAUCUAUGCCUCUUCACCGGCUGCGGUUUGCUCUGUGCGAAAGCAAAGCCUUAUACACGCCCCAAACCCUCCCCCUUGCCACCACGAUCAUCUCGCCCUCGCAAAUUAGCGCAGUUAUCUCCUUUCUCUCCUCCCAAAUCCUCCAUCGGGCGUAGGUCUGGCUUCGAUUUCCCUGGGCAAAUGAGUGUUUGUGCGUGUCCUUGGGUAAAAUUGAGGUUUUGCCAGUGCUCGUAGCUGUGCGAGAACGUUCGUGCGUGCUGUGUGAAGGGGGUUUUCGUUGUUAUGAGUUAAGCACGGUGUCGAUGGACGUGCGCAUUUCGUUAUUUUUGGUGAUUGUCUAAGUGCCAAGAUUCCUCUUUAUUUGAUCAUGUUUCUGUAUCUUGUCGAAGAUUUGUUGCGAGUUUAUGCCAUUGCGUAAUUGUAAGUGAAAGAGAAGAUAGAGAAAGCGAGGACUUUCACCUAGGUUUGGUGGAGGUGUCGCGACCAUGGUGGAACAGUUAAGAGUGUUGUUAGCUGCGUGCAAAAGGAAUGAACGUUUUGUGCGUGGGUAUGAGUCAUCGAUUAAGGUACUUCUCAUCGGAAACAAGUAUCGAAAUACCGUGAUUUAGAGCAUACGGUGCCAAGGUUGAUUAAAAUUCAUGUGACAGAUAAUGAAUUUUAUCUGUCAUAUGAAUCACAAUAUUAAUUCUUUUUUCUAUUCAAGCUUUUUCUUUUUCAUUUUUUCUUUUGUGUUCAUUGUUGAAGUGCCUCAAUUCUUUGGAUCUGCAUACGUUGAAACUCUUAGCGUAGCAGGUCCCAUUAUUUUCUCUUGGUGAAAGUUGCUUGUUAUAGCUAUGCAAAGUAUUUCAUGCAAAAUAUUUCUUAUUUCUUGGUCUAUGUUUCAUUACAUUGUUAUCUUGCCUCCCAAGACGAAUGAAAUAGGUGCAGUAGAAAUGUUAUGCUGAAUAUUUUGCUUUUGCAGUGAUGUAGGUUCAUGUUUUGGAUGUUAAAUUGAGUGGAGAUAGAUCAGUAUGAAGCUGAGGGUGGUAUGUAGGAAACUUUAUGAUUAUGUUCGUUAUGAUCUAAAGGAAAUUGCUUUUCCUUCCUCUCUGCCUGACCCCCCACAUAUCAAGAAACGAAGGAAACUUACAUGGAGAGAGCGAUGGUAUGUCUUGAAAGAAGCAUCUAGACUUUACGCUGCUAGCUGGGUGCGGGAUAUUGGUCCCGAUCUUAGACCAAAUGACUAUAAAAAGGUCACAAAUGAUGAUGGUGGACUUCGUCAAGAUAACACUACAUCUGCAAGAAGAGAACAAUCAACAUUGGAAGAUCUUGCAGUGGCAGCUCGAGGUGGAAUGGAGACAUUAAGGCCUGCUCUGCAGCGUGUGUAUAUGAUGCGUGCCUCAGCAUACAAAGAUGCACUUAAAAGCUUUAUACAAGGGUACCAGGAAGGGAUAAAGCAAGUCAUGGAAGGAAAGGAAGGUGAAAAGUCUCGGGCGCAAGAGAACGAUGUAAAGAAGUCUAGUUGAUAUCUUUUCACCAAGAAAGUUUGUCAGAUGUGCCAGAUACACUGGGUCUCAUUAUUCAAGCUCUUCCUACCUUAUGCAUUCAUGAUGGCUGUAUCAUCAUCGACAAUUUAUUUCUUGCUUAACCUGUGGAACAAUCAAUCUUAGGCUACAACCUUUGCACAAUUCAGGUUUGUUUUCCUAUAAAGUAAGUAGUAUGGUCAAUUAUAUGUUCCUCAUGCCGAAUCUUUUGAGUUUGAUGUGCUUCGGAACCAUUCAAGUACAAUGUUUGUUACAAGUCUUGGAAUUCCAUAUUUAUCUUGGUUUCUGCAGAUGCUCGAUCAAGAUGUACACUUGUUGAGAGUUCUGUAUCUCCUGCUUGCUCCCUCUCUUCAUUGGAUGGCAUGUCCCUCUGUGCUGGCUGAAGUGGAGCAUCAGGGGAACUGUUUCUUGUUAGAAGUUCAUGUCCUGUAUCUCCUUUGUCUGCACUCCUUGUCUAGGGACGUAGAGAUGUAAGAGAUAGAGGCACAUGAGGUUGAUUUAAAUAGGUUCACGGAUGGAUAGAGGGAUGUUAUGGGUAAAAAAAAUUUAAUUAUUUGAGAUUUUUCUAGAUAAACUGCUCAACAUAUAUCGAUUAAUAUCUUCAUCAUGUAUCACAUGCCAUGCAAAGUAUUACCUCUUUUCCUUAA